AGAUUAGUGAAAACUAACGGCAGUGCACAACAAGCUUUAGAGCCGGAAUCAUAACGCAAACGUAACAAAUCUACAAAGAAAAUGAAGGCAGCCAUACUUUUCGCUGGACUCUUUUGCGCUUUUUGCCUUCUUAACACCGCAAAGGCCGGGCCCUUGAAUGGCGCCACCGUCGAAGCGGAGGAAGCCAACAGAUUAAUUGCAAACUUGGCUGUGGAAAAUCCGGAAAGUUUGAAAACUUUAAGUCGCCAGAAACGUUUCACUUGUGAUUUUCUCGAGAGCACAGAGGCUUGUAUAUUCCAUUGCUUAUUGCUCGGUAGACGUGGUGGAUAUUGUAGUAGACAAAAAGUUUGCAUUUGUCGGCAAUAAAAGGCGAUUUUAAUUUUGGACAUUGAAUUUGAUUAUAUUUAUAAAUAUAUAUUUACUUAUGUGAUAACACAUUUAU